CCACCGUGUGUGGAGAGAUGUAAACUACAUCCUCCCGCUGCGUGUGAGGCGUUAAGUCUGUUGUCUACAGCAACGUGGCAAAUCUCUAAUACACCCCAACAUCCGCCAUUUUUGUCGACGAAUCACAAAGCAGCAAGUGAAACCAAAGAACACUUCUGGCCAAUCAGAUGUUUGUUUCUUAUCUUGAAGCCCCGCCCCACCCUUGAGAUACAGAAAUCGAGUUUGACAAGAUAGUUUAGUUUGGGAGAGAUUUUCUUAAUGUGAAACAUCUUCAGUCAACAUUAAGGGGGUCUGUUUAACAGGAAGUUAACACCGUGACACGUGGACAUCAUGAACAUGAGACAGCUGGAACAAGAACAAGAACUAUUUGUUGCUUGGCAAUGCUAAACAACAACAGCGUAAAAUAGUUGUUGCACGCAACAACAUUUACUCUCUCCAGCUGGUUAGACCGACAGGUAACUUGGUUGUUAAGUUAACAGAACUGUCAUGGCCGUGGUGAAGAACCCUGCCAGUGUGCGCUCCGGAAGAAUUAAUGUAGGCCGACACCUGAUAAACUUUGGAGUCAAUCCAGCAGCUCUGGCUUAUGCCAUGACUACACUGGGAUCUGGCAUGAUAAACAAUAUAUUCAGCUUUUACUAUGUCAAACUCUUUCUCAAUAAAUACAAGAUAUCAGAGGGAGCAUUCCACCAAUCACAAGUGGUGUACAUGGUGUGGAACGCAGUCAAUGACCCUCUCUUUGGCUACAUGCAAGAUAAUUCCAGGUUGCCCUGCUGCUCUCAGCGGCGUCUCUCCAUCCUGUAUGGCGCUCCCCUCUACUCGCUGACAUUUCUUCUAGCCUGGUUCCCAUGGCAGACCUACGCCCCCGGUGACUGGUUGAGCGGCUUACACUUGAUGGUGGCGCUGUGUGCUUUUGACGGCAUGCUGACUUUUGUGCUGCUGGCACAAUGUGCGUUGUUUGCAGAGAUUUCCAGCCACCAUCAGAGCCGACUAAGACUUGUAAAGUACAGCCAGGUGGCUUCUCUCAUUGGCUCCUCCAGCGUCCUCUUCUGCGGUGUGCUGACCAGAAACAUGGAGGACUUUGCGGCCUUCCAAGCCUUCACAGUGCUGAUCGCUAUCCUGAGCUGUGUCUGCAUGCUCUAUACGGGCUUCCACAGUGAGAGCCGCUUUGAUAACAAAGGAUCUGAAUCAGAUGCACUGUGGUCUGUUGACCAGACUUCCCAUCAAUCAGGAUUUUCCUUCUCCAUCUUAAGAACUUUGAUGUGGCAAAUCCUGACCAGCAGAGACUUUCAGCUUUUUGUACUCAUGAACUUCUUCCAAGUUUUCAUGUUAGCUUUUUUUAAUAAUUUUACAAUGAUAUUUGCUGAGCACCUGAUUCCUCCAGAUGUGCUUCCAUCACUGGCCAAGAGCAUCAUGUACGGAGCGGGAUUCAUCUGUCCACAGCUGUUAGUAUUGAGCUGUCAGAGGCUUCUCCAUGGUCUUGGCUACUACAGGAUCAUCCUCUUCACCUUCUACAUGGAGGCUGCAAUGGCGGCCAUCAUGCUAGCACUCGGUCCUCAGCACUACCAUAUCCUGGCAUUUUUUCUCACCAUUAACAUGAUCAUAAUCCAAGCAUCCUUCAGUCUUUUUGGCUUGCCUUUGGCUGACAUCAUUGACACAGACCUGCAGAAGUACAAGCGCAGUUUCCCCCUAUCCUCCAUGGUGUUUGGGACGAAUGCUCUGUUCACUAAGCCGGCUCAGUCUCUGGCCCCUAUGAUAGUGCUUAAUAUCCUCAACCAGUUUGGAUAUGAACAGCUGAAGGACGCAGGAAGGGACUCAAAUCCAAGCGCCUUGGAGAGCCUCCACAGUGUCAUGUUCUACUUGGUGUGUCUGGUGCCCAUGUGUGUCGCUGCUCUGCAAGCCCUGGCUUGGAGGCCGUUUUCCAUACGCAGCAGUCACACAGUUGACACAAAGUACAUUGACAGCUAACUUCAGUAUUUUCAGCAUUCAUUUCUGGGCUGGGAUUUGGGGAAAUUCUUCAUUGCUAAGUAAGAGAUCAUGUUGAAAGUAAUGUGUAAAUGACACGGGUUAUACUGAUGCAUGGUGAACAACUGUAAAUCAUCUUGGUUUACUGAUAACUGUUUGACAUACUGUAGAGAGAAAUAAUAAUCUGUGUAAGAAUGAGAGACUUUACUUUCUUAGUGAUGCCCAUCGCCUGCAAUGAGAGUUUCCCUCCAGGUAUGGCAUAGAAGGGAGAUUUGGGUUAUUGAUGACCACUAGUUUGAUCUGAUCACAUAAUCACUUUUGUACUUUAUGUGAAGGCCAAGUGAUGAGUCCAUAACUAGUCCUUUACUUACUCCUAACUGUCUGAUCCUUUUCCAAACACUUCAUGAUGGAUCAUGAUACUUUAUGUCAGUCCUCUUCCUCGAUAACAUUUCAGUGUCACACCGUACGAUGGCUGUGCUCUGCAAAAAAAAGAGCAGAUUCCUCAGAAGGCAUGUGGAAAAAUACAGUUUUGUUCUCAAUAGAGGAACUGUACUUGUCUAAAAACUGAAACUGAAUGUAAAUUGGAAAGUUGCUCUAGAAACUGGCAAAUAAUUGUAGGGAUGCGUCCUGAAACCGUCAGCUGAAACAGAAGUGAUACAUGCUGGCAGUGGAAAUUAGGAGUGGGUGUCUUCCGUGAAUCAUAACAGUAACAUCCAAUUAAAAAAAUAUAAUUCCAGUACGGCGUUCAGUAGACUACUGACUACCUCCUAUGUACGAGCACAUUUUGUCACACCAUGUAGAUUAGGGAAAAAUGUAAAUAAUAAUAAUUUGUAUUUUUUCAGUCAUUCCAGGUCUGAUUUUGGUUGUAUGAUUAAGGGCAUUGUUGUAUUGUAAUACACACAAAAAAGACAUUACAGCUGAAACCUGAAAUGUUUUUCUUAGUCAACAUAUCAUUCUGUUAUAUCCAUCUGUAUGGUGGAUAGUGGAAACAAACUAAAAGCACUCCAUGUACCCUGGUUACACUCUAAUUGCAGAUGCAUGGGUCGCGAGUAUGGUGUUUGAGUGAAACAUGUCAAAAUCAGUGAGAGGAAAUGAUCUCCUGGUUAACUGAGUGGCACAUCAUUUUAAUCUAAUUUCAUCAUUUACGUAAAUAAUAGGCGCACCUUCUUUUUACCUGAAGAAACAAGGUGAAAGAAUGUCUCAAACAUUUUAAUUUGAUUAGAUUCCCCUUUUAUUAUCAGAAUGUGUUUUUUUCUGAAAUGUGUCUCCAAGAGGUACACUGUUUCACAUACAAAACACAUUUUACCAAACAACAAAACAAAGACUACAAAUAUAUAUUGCGUCAGACAUUACGAAUAGGUGACUGCAGUGCAGUAAAAUACCGUCAUCUUUGCUGUAAACAUGGGCAAAAUUACAAAUUGCAGCUUUAAUUCCAGCCGUGCUCCAGAGUGCAUUAAUCCAUCUGUGGGGCCUCACUGUAAAUUAUAACCAGUACUUAACAUUAGAGCUUAAAUGUUUUGAGUCAAAAUGUGGUUCACACCAUUUAAGCUUAAUGGAUUUUCCUUAUUUGAGGUUUACAGUAGAGAGUAAUGACGGAGAAGAGGCAGAAGAUGACUCUGCUUAGUUCAUAUCAAGCUUUCAGUGUGUAAGAAAAUGCACAGACAUGUAAACAUCCACUUUGACUUUAUAGGUAACGUAGAAGUAAAUUCUAAUAUUUUCUCUGUGUGGGUGUUUGCAGUGAACAGAUAUUUCUGGAAGUCAGUGUACAGAUCUUUUUACUGUAUCUUUUUUUUUUUUUUUUUUUUUUUACAUGUUUGUGAUUUCCUUGUGUUGAGAAAGUGUUGGUCAAUAUCAAAAUAUUACCUUAAAUCAUCUCAAGAGUUGGCACAUUCUUCUACCAGCUUUAUUAUCACUUUCUUUAGUGAACAACGUGAUCUGUGUCCUGAAAAUGUACAUUUCGUGUGCUACUUUUUACUCUGUUCCUGAAAGCACAAUGCCCAAAUGAUUCUAAAUAUAUGGAAGAAAUAAAAUUGAAGAAUUAAAA